GUGAGCCUAAACGAACCAAACGAGGAAAGAAGCUUCACGAGGUGUUAUCAUUACAGUCUUUGAUGGUUUUAACGAUGACAGUUAACGCUAGCUAGCUAAAUAUAGCAAGUGGUGACAAAGGGAAUGACUGAAUUUUAAACGGAAAUGGAAACUGAAGAAAUUAAAUCAUGCAUAUUUAGCUAAUUAUAGCGCUAGAUUAUGACAUACGUGACGUGAUGGCAGCGUUUGGACUACCAGAAGAACUGUGGAUUCAUGUGUUUAAAUUCUUGUCCUCUAAUGACAAAUUAAACAUUCGCGCUAGUUGCAGAUUUUUUAAGAGACUGAUAGAUCACCCCGGCAUGUGGAAAAACAGUACAGUGUCCCUAAAAAAAAAUAGCGCAUAUAACUCUCAUUUCUGGAGAACUCUUAGCAUCAGGAGGAUUAACUCGGUUGUGGUGGUGAAGGCGAAUGUGAAGGAGUGGAAGCAGCUUGCAUCCCGGCUACCCUGGCUUAUUUCAGUAACUAUAGAUCGGUGUUGUGAUGCUAAAGCCCUCGAGACACUAAGUAAUUUUAAAAACCUUAAGCGGCUGUUCAUUCGGCAGUGCCGUUGUCCGAAACUAGCAAGCUCAAUAAGUUUACUACACCAGUUGUCACAUCUCGGUUUGUGUCAGGUUCGUUGCGCUCCAUGCUCGGACAUUAUUAAUGCGGUGUCUCAGCUCACCAAUCUAACAUCAUUUUGCUACCAUGAGAGCAGCAAACCUAUUCCUAAGGCGGAUCUUCAUAGCAUACUCCGAUGCCUGCCGAACUUAAAAAAGCUUUCAUUAAAGAUGGGAUCAAAUCAAGUCCCCCUCCCCAAUGAUUAUCUCUGUCCUUCUCAAGCAAACAAUGUGUCAGAUGCACAGUAUGGAAAGCUGAGCCUUGCUAGCCUGGAGCUGCUGAACUACAUGGACCCCAUUCUCUCGUCAGAAGCCCUGAGGGGUGUUUCCUCCCUGAAAAGUCUGACAGUGCAUUAUAGAUGCUCUGCUGAGGAUUCCAGAAUGUGCAACCUCAAAACAUGGCUCUCAACACUCCCAGUCCUCUCAGAGCUCAACAUUUCUUUGGGAUAUCACCUUGGCACCUAUGCAAACUCGUUGCCUGUUACAGUACGUAGCCUUUCCCUUCGAGGAAUGUUGGCAGAUCUGAAGGCUAUGAGGAAGACAGCACAACGAGUGCCAGAUCUUUUGGACUUUCACUUGGACCCGUGCUGCCAUGAAAGGCCCAGCCCCAUAGCGGAGCUUCCUCAGCUCUUCCCCAAGCUGCAGAGCCUGGAAAUGAGACACCACAAUGUUCCUGAAAAAGAUCUUCUAGGACUUGCACGGUUGUCCAGUCUUAAGCGCUUGGUGGUUCUGGACCCCCUCAUGGACCCCGAAUCUGCUUUGACGGACCUAACUCACAAACUCCACAUCCAAACCAACUACAGAGUCCAUGUGAUUCAUUGCUCAGGCCCAAAUGAACGAAAUUCCUGCCUUUGUGCAUAUAACUGAUUAAUAUUCAACCUGUACACAAAACUUCAAUGAGGUCUUAUUUAGUUCCCUCAGAAACAGGAAAAGUGCAAAUGUGUUUGUGACCCCCAUGCCUAUUUCUUCCAAUAUUGCAGACCUCCACUAGGUGACACUGUACUCACACCAACAGACGUGUGACAGGUAUGUGACAGCACAGUAGUUCUUCAUUCAGGUAGUUCACAAAGUUGUUUGAGACUUUGAAAUAAAGUGUCCGAAGUUAGUAGAUUUCAGUUCAAUUUAAUUCAUAUAUAUAUAUAAAUAUAAUAUAGCGCACUUAACAAUACACAUUGUCUUAGAGCAGCUCUGCUGAAACCAGGUAUAGACCUUCAAUGAUCAAGCCAAAGGCUAUAGUACCAAAAAAAUUUCACGUGGGGGCACAGGUUCACAUAUAUGAUUUGAGAUGUUAGCUGGCAAUGCAAAAAAAAAAAAAAAAAAGAUUUCUCUUGAGAAUGUAUGAAUAAAACAAACUGCUGCUAUGAGUUAACUGCUUGUAAAAAAGUAUGAAUACGCUUAUAAGUUUCUAAAGUCAUCGUGACUAAGAUGUCAGGCAUCAUAGCACAUAUCAUUUUGAUAUGAAGAGAAAUCAUGGAAUGGAAAAUGAGCUGGCAAAAUAUUUCCAGUGACUUAACUUUUUUAAGCCUUCUGAAAACAAUAUAGGAUUAUAAUACCAGUAAUCAAACUGACAAUAUGAAAGCAGACUAAAUUACAGAUGUUUAUGUAACUGACAGAAAAAUAUAAUGCUAAUGGCUGGAGGCUUUAAUCCUGUUCAAGGUUAUAUAGUAGUCCCCAUUGAACUAGGCUGUUAAUAGAAUUUUCUGAUUUACUGAAGCUGAGAAAAAUUUUAGCCAAGGUCAGAACAUUCAUCAAAAACAGAAGGCACAAGGACUCUGUGUUUUUGUUACAAAAACAAUGUUGCUAACCAUGAGGAGAAGUUUUACAGUGUGUUUAUAAGUAUACUAUAUGCUUCAAAUUGCUGCAAAAUGCAGAUGGAUGGAUAAAAAGUGUAAAUGGAUUCGAAGCCCUAGAAUGUCAUUUGGUGUAAAUAUAAAAAAGUUCCUCAGCUAAAUGAUCUGAAAAGAGCAGUGUAGCAGACUGGUUAUGACAGUAUUCAUCUGCAUGCAGCACAUUAGUGUUUGAAGCAGUGAUACUGAAACACUUAAUUGUUAGAGUAAGAACCAGUGAGGAUGAGCUUUCAUGCCAUGAGGGAAAAAGAAUGGAAAGUGCUCUUAACUCAAAGGAGCACUGUAAAAAGCGUUUAUCAUAACUACUCCUCAGACAUCCCACCCUCCAUGCCUUUCUUCUUUUUCCUUGUGAGAGCAUUUUUAUUGGCCAUUUCUUUUCAACCAGGUUUUGAAUGCAACAGGUUCUAAAAUUAAUGUCUUAAGUUAGAUAUGGCCCACUUCAUAACUUUAUAAUGAGCACCAUUCCAACUAUAAAGCAGUAUUUUAUAAUGAGCCCCAUCCCAUCUAUAACGCAGUAUUUUUUAAUGACCACCAUCCUGACUGUAAAGCAGCACUUUAUAAUGAGCACCAUCCUGACUGUAAAUCAGCACUUUAUAAAGAGCACCAUCCCAAGUGUAAAACCGUUCUUUAUAAUGAGGACCAUUCUGACUGUAAAGUAGCACUUUAUAAUGAGCACCAUUCCAUCUAGAAAGCAGUAUUUUAUAAUGAGCACUAUCCCAACUAUGAAGCAGUGUUUUAUAAUGAGCACCAUGCCACCUGUAAAGCAAUAUUUCAUAAUGAGCACUAUCCCAACUGUAAAGCAGUAUUUUGUAAUAAGGGAGUAUUGAAGGAUUACUAACUGGUAGGUUUGUGAAUUACAACAGUAUACUUAUAGUAUUUAGCCAAAGCAACUUACAAUUAUGGCUGAAUAUAACAAGCAAUAGAGGGUUAAGGGCCCUAAGAGUGGCAACUUAGCAGCAGUGGGGCUUGAACCAGCAAUCUUCCAAUUGCAAGUCAAGUACCUUAACCAUUAAGCUACCACACCAUACUGCACUUUUCAUAACUACUGAAAUUUUUUUUUUAUAAACUAAUUUCAUCAAAUGAUGCUUCAGUUAAGCAAUAACCUUGGAUUUUGUGCAGGCUACAUCUGGAAAAUGGAAGCAUUUGUAUUUCACUUGGAGAACACUGUAAGGUAUUUAUGUCAAAUAGGUGGCAAACUGAAUUUCUAGGUGAGCUGAAAAAAUAUUAUUGUGAACUCUAGCAGCAAAAAUGAAACAAUUAUGUAUUUUGAUGGAACCCAUUUUAGAAUUGCCAAUAUUUAACCAGGAUCUGAUUAUGAUUUCCAUUCAAAUUCAAGUUCAAAUUCUAGUCAUUUGGCAAUUUCUUGACUUUUAUUGUAUCCUAACCUUUGAUUUAUGAAUGAAAAUGGAGUUCGGACUCUCCCAUUACCACUAAAACAGCCAUACAUGUGAAUUACAAAGUCAACUGAUCACUAAUACAUUUAAUUUUGUCAUACAAAUGUCAGGAAUGUCACCUGUGUCUCUGAUGCUAAAUGACAAUAAAUUAUAUGUGUAA